GUAAGGGGAUGGGGUUGGUGAUUUUAGGGACUGAAAUAUAAGCUGCCUAAGCUCGCUGCCGUCUCCGCCAUGGCAGACCCCGCUCUAGUCGAAUCUGCAAUCUGUCAUCAUUCUGACGCAUGUUAUCUUUUGCUAUCUUCACUUAUUCGGAUAGAGAACAGCGGCUCCUCCCGGAAUGCCUAGCUAGCAGCUCCAUUUAUAAAAUCGAGCCAUUGUCAGGUACUCAAUUACAAGCUUAGAAGCUGCGGCCACCUUCAACACGCAAAAUGUGGGGCAUUUCCGUAUUUCAAGACCUGUAUUUCUCUCUGGUGUUGGCGUUUCGAGCUGGAAAAGUAAACAAGACACGAAGUGCUGUGAGUUACAAAUCUAAUAUCACACCUCACAGCAUCCUUGCUGACCGACGAAGAAUCAUGCUUAUGUGUGCGUUGACUGUUACGACAACUUGCUAUUGUCUGAUUCUGAAUCCGUCUCCUCGUUCGAGCGGCCAGCCAGCGACAAGUAACGCAAAUGUGAGCCCUCUGCUCAUGAGAGGGCGAAUUGCAGUCCCUAAAGGAAUGUUUUUAUUUUGUUUGGGGUUUUAUUUUUUUUUUUUAAAAAAAAAGGAAGAAGAAAAAAGAGAAAGAAAAAGAAAAGAAUGGAGGAAGGAAGACAAAAAGAAAAAUAGUCGAACAUGUGCAGAAGCAUCAGCCCUCAAUGGUCAAGCCAUGAUUCUCAAUGGCCUCACGUUGAGGGCCACUUAUGAAGACCAUUCAGGAGCGUGAUUGCUGGACAAGCGAAUACGACAUGGGAAGGCAGAGUACGUUGUAGAAUUGAAGGGCCGGCCGGAUAUGAAGAUGUCGUGGUAGAACGAAAGGACGAUAAGCCGUGUACGAAUCAGUGAGUCAGCCUGCUGGGCUGAGGACUUUCUCCAGUGGUAACUAUUCAUUAGUAGCUGUCCCUCAUGCACUGCAUGCUGGCUUAAUUGCCUCCAAGCGGUCUGUCGAUGACUGAAUUGUAGCAUCCGGCAUUUCGAGCUGAACGUUGACGACAAGUUUGCCCUCGAACCUUGUAAUGUGGCACACUCAGAAGAAAAUAUACCUGCUCGCAACCAUCGAGAAAUAAAGAGUGGAACAGUUGAACUGAAUCAAAGUCAAUGCGAUUUUCCU